GGGUUUCCUGAGCCGGCAUGAAUGUCACCACCUUGACACAGCACUCGGCCCUGGUCGCCACGCUAUACCAAACUGACGCCUUCAACGGAUUCUGCUGCUGCUGCUCGGCCAUCAUCCUGGUGAUGAUGCACCGGUGGCGGUUUCGACUCAACGAUGCUCUCUGGGCGCAGCUCAUGACCUUCCUGGACUUUUCGAGUGUGACGCUCGUUUGGAUCCUGGAGCUCGUACGGGACAUUCUCUCGGACUGCAGCGCAAACUCGGGGUUGAUGGUGGCUACAGUCCUGAUGGAUCUCUCGAACGUAUUCCGGAUCUGCUACGUGGUCUCACGGUACUUUUCGGCACACCAACCGGACGAUGUUUCUCGCUUCCGCAGCGGCGCAUAUAGCGGCAACUCCAACGUCAAUGUCUCAUGGAUAGCGGGCAGCCAAGACCACGGGCAGAGCUUUGGGAUGCAGCAUGACGACGGCCACGAGGUUGACAAGGAGAAGGCGCUCAACCACACCCAGCAGAAACUUGCGUGCCUGAGUCAAGCCAAACUCUAUGCAAGCGCAUCCCUCCUUCCGGAUAGCGGGGCAGCUAAACGAGAUGGAGUGCCGCUGAAGAGGGCCCUCUCUGUCAACAGCACCCACAAGAGCACGGGAGAGCUGGACUCGGACGAGGAUCUCCCCAAGCAGUAUGGUACCCUCCGGGGCGCCCUCGAGAACCGUGCGCCUCCGACAAUUACUUUCAGCACCGACGGAGGCAACGUUUCGGGAUCGGCACCCGCACCCGCAGCCGCAGCCGUGGCUGCUCCUGGGCCUGAGCCAGAGGCUCCAACGGGAUUCAGCCUCUACAAGCGCAUCAAGAAGUGGCGGGUGGCCGUGAUUUUCGGCAUGGGUGCAAUCGAGCUCGUAUUUGUGGUGAUUCGGCAGGCGAUCAUGUGGACUGUAGUGGGAGGCACCGAAUGUCUCAGUAUCCAGAACUCGCCCCUGGUGCUGGAGGUCCUGGACGACCUCUUCACAAUUGUCCUCCUCGUGAUCUCCGGCUAUGUCGUGGGCAAGAAAUCGUUCUCGCUAAACCCGCGAUCGUCGAGAUACGAGGCCAAGAAACGCUACUAUGCCACCUUUGUUUGCGCUAGCAUCCUCCAGGUCCUGACAUGCAUCUACCACAUUGCCGCCCUGAGUGUGCAAAUGACACCGUUUCUGGAGGUCACCGCGCUGCGAUAUGCCAAGUUCAUCAUGGUCAUCAGCGUCGUCAACAGCGUCACCAAGAGUAUCAACACAACGCUGUAGCACACGGAUGCGGCUUUCACCAGCAACAUCAAGCCAUUGGCGCUGCAUUUCUUCCAUUUCCGUGCAGGCUAGUUGUGCUUGCUUGCUUGCUGAUGAGCAUUAUGGCGAGGGGACAUGGCUAUAUUCAGCAACCACAAUCCAACAGCAGCAGUAGCGCUGUGGAAAAGAGAAAAAACCUGGAACUGCUAGUU